AUGGGACUCUUGCCACACAGCACAUCAAAUACUAUACCGACGAAUCUACAACCCAACGAUAAAUUCCUACACUUCAUAACUUUCUUCUUAUUAUCUCUCGUGUUCUACUGGAUMCCCGACACAUCCCGCCGAAGAGCGAUACAAGCUAGUCUACUAGUCUGCACAUUCUGUCUCGGAAUCGGAUCUGAAAUAGUGCAAGGUCUCCUCCCCAAUGACCGACUUUUCGAUCCCUUCGAUAUUCUCGCAAAUGUAGUCGGCAGUGUUGGGGCGAUUAGUCUCUGCGGCUGGUACCAUCGGCGCAUGUUGGAGAGACGGCGACAAGCACGCUUCGGAGCCCUGUCAGAUGACCUUGGAGGCGAGCCUCACGACGAUGAUAUCGAGCUGGGUCUCAGUGGCUCGGAAAGCGCUCGUCUGCAUGAGGAUACGGGUCCUCAGGAGACGGGUAUCAUUACCAAUUUAGAGCGGGAAGUUGAUAAUUGGGACGAGAACGCUGUUGAUAACUGGGAUACGGAAGACGGACCCGGACCUGACGAGGAGAAUGGCAAUGCCAAAACGAGGAAUGACUAG